AACCAGUCGCCGUUCAUUCACGCAUAUGUGCUACUGUCCCUUUAAGAAAGCGGAGCCCCGAGUUUGCCCCCCUCUUCUUUCUCCUCCCCAUUUUCCCCACCCACUCACGGAGGCUCUCCACUCCAUAUGGCUUCCUCUCGUCAUCCGGGCUGUCGGGAGCAGCAGCAGCGGCGACAACGCGCCGCUUGCCAUCACGCCGGAGGGAGGAGGCACCUGCGAUUGUAGGACUAAGUCGGAUUGUAGUAGUAGCAGGAGAGUUUCGUGAUGGAGAGGCGUCGGAGUCGGAGGGGGCCGACAUCUUGACAUCCGGACUUCCUUCUUGGAAGAGCCGUCGCUUUGGUUCCGUCCGUUUGUCCGUCCAGCCUCGCCUCUGUCUCAUCAAUCCAACGGCGCAGGACCCGCUUGCUCGUCGGCCGGCUACCACAAGGCGGAUGAUGAGAUGUCCGGCACCACGUCGCAGGCGGAGCCCGUAGACGCCACGGCGCGCGGCGUGCUGCUCAACCGGCCCCAGACCACCAAGUUCUGCGACAACCACGUCAGUACCACCAAAUAUGGCAUCCUCUCCUUCCUUCCCCGCUUCAUGUACGAGCAGAUCAGGAGGGCGGCCAACGCCUUCUUCCUUUUCAUCACACUCAUGCAGCAAAUCCCCGACGUCUCUCCGACCGGCCGCUACACUACGCUGGUGCCGCUUAUCUUCAUCCUCACCGUGGCCGGCAUCAAGGAGAUCAUCGAAGACUACAAACGACAUAAAGCGGACAACACGGUCAACAAGAAGAAGACCACAGUGUUGCGUAACGGAGCCUGGCAGACCAUCAUCUGGAAGCAGGUGGCAGUAGGAGACAUAGUGAAGGUGACCAAUGGCCAGCACCUUCCGGCUGACAUGGUGAUUGUGUCGUCCAGUGAACCUCAGGCCAUGUGCUAUACGGAGACCUCGAACCUCGAUGGGGAAACCAACCUGAAGAUUCGACAGGGUCUGUCGCUAACAGCGGGCAUCCAGGCCCUUGAGGACCUGAUGUCCUUAUCUGGUGUCUUGGAAUGCGAAGGUCCCAACAGACAUUUGUACGAUUUCACCGGCACGCUGCGGCUGGAAAACCAAAAUGCUGCUCCUCUGGGCCCAGACCAGGUCCUGCUGCGUGGCGCUCAGAUCCGAAACACUCAGUGGGUGGUGGGAAUUGUGGUCUACACCGGCCACGACUCCAAACUCAUGCAGAACUCCACCAAGGCGCCCUUGAAGCGCUCCAAUGUUGAGAGGGUGACCAACAUGCAGAUCCUGGUGCUUUUUGGCAUCCUGUUGGUCAUGGCCUUGGUCAGCUCGGUGGGAGCCGCCAUCUGGAACAGGCAGUACACCGAAGAAGCUUGCUGGUAUCUGUCCCGACAAGGUGACAUCUCUACUAACUUUGCAUACAACCUGCUGACCUUCAUCAUCCUGUACAACAACCUAAUUCCCAUCAGCCUGCUGGUCACGCUGGAGGUGGUCAAGUUCACACAGGCCCUCUUCAUCAACUGGGAUGUGGAGAUGUACUACGCUGAGACGGACACGCCAGCGAUGGCUCGAACGUCCAACCUGAAUGAGGAGCUGGGCCAGGUGAAGUAUUUGUUUUCGGACAAGACGGGCACACUCACCUGCAACGUCAUGCACUUUAAGAAGUGCACCAUCGCAGGAAUCACUUAUGGCCACUUCCCUGAUCUCGACUGCGAUCGUUCGAUGGAGGACUUCAGCAAUCUGCCGUCCAGCAGCAACAACUCCACCGAGUUUGACGAUCCGGCUCUCAUCCAGAACAUCGAAAAUGGCCACCUGACGUCGCCUCAGAUACGCGAGUUCUUGACCAUGAUGGCCGUUUGCCACACGGUGGUGCCGGAGCGCGAAAACGACCAGAUCAUUUACCAGGCCUCCUCGCCUGACGAGGGCGCUCUUGUCAAGGGGGCCAAAGGUCUCGGCUUCGUCUUCACAGCCCGGACGCCGGAUUCGGUCAUCAUCGAUGCCAGAGGAAAGGAGAUGACCUACCAGUUGCUGAAUGUGUUGGAGUUUUCCAGUAACCGCAAGCGCAUGUCUGCGGUGGUGAGGACCCCUAACGGGAGGCUGCGGCUCUACUGCAAAGGAGCGGAUAAUGUGAUAUUUGAACGUCUUAAUGAGGACUCUCAGUACAAAGAGUUGACCAUUGCUCACCUAGAGCAGUUUGCCACGGAAGGCCUGAGGACCUUGUGUUUCGCCUACGUGGACCUGCGAGAGGACGCCUACCAGGAGUGGCUGAAGGAAUACAACCGCGUCAGCACCGUGCUCAAGGACAGAGCGCAAAAACUAGAGGAGUGCUACGAGCUACUGGAAAAGAACCUCCUCCUGCUGGGCGCUACCGCCAUAGAGGAUCGCCUGCAGGCCGGCGUCCCCGAAACCAUCGCCACACUGAUGCGGGCAGACAUCAAGAUCUGGGUUCUGACCGGAGACAAGCAAGAGACAGCCAUCAACAUCGGCUACUCGUGCCGCUUGGUGACACACGGCAUGUCCCUCAUCAUCGUCAACGAGGACUCCCUGGACGCCACCCGCUCCACCCUGACCGCCCACUGCUCCUCCCUGGGCGACUCGCUACGGAAGGAGAACGAACUGGCGCUGAUCAUCGACGGCCAGACCUUGAAGUACGCGCUGUCCUUCGAAUUGCGCCAGGCCUUCCUGGACCUGGCCCUGUCGUGCAAGGCAGUCAUCUGCUGCCGAGUCUCGCCGCUGCAGAAGUCUGAAAUCGUGGACAUGGUGAAGAAGCACGUGAAGGCCAUCACGCUGGCCAUCGGCGACGGCGCCAACGACGUGGGCAUGAUCCAGACGGCGCACGUUGGCGUGGGCAUCAGCGGCAACGAGGGCAUGCAGGCCACUAACUCCUCCGACUACUCCAUCGCGCAGUUCUCAUACCUGGAGAAACUGCUGCUGGUGCACGGCGCGUGGAGCUACAACCGUGUCACCAAGUGUAUCCUCUACUGCUUUUACAAGAACGUGGUGCUCUACAUCAUCGAGCUGUGGUUUGCUUUCGUCAACGGCUUCUCAGGACAGAUCCUCUUUGAGCGCUGGUGCAUUGGCCUCUACAAUGUGAUAUUCACGGCCCUGCCUCCAUUCACUUUGGGCAUCUUCGACCGGCCGUGCAGCCAACAGAACAUGCUGCGCUUCCCUCAACUUUACCGGAUCACCCAGAAUGCCGAGGGCUUCAACACCAAGGUGUUUUGGGGUCACUGUAUCAACGCACUGAUUCACUCGAUUAUUCUCUUUUGGUUUCCUCUCAAGAUGUUGGAGCAUGACUCGCCCUUCAAAAACGGUCAGGGCAACGACUACCUUUUUGUGGGAAACAUGGUCUAUACGUAUGUCGUCGUCACAGUGUGUCUGAAAGCUGGAAUGGAGACCACCGCUUGGACCCGGUUCUCCCACCUGGCUGUGUGGGGAAGCAUGCUCCUGUGGCUGGUCUUCUUCGGGGUCUACUCGUCCAUCUGGCCCACCUUCCCCAUGGCACCUGACAUGCUGGGCCAGGCUGGCAGCGUGAUGCAGUGCUGGUACUUCUGGUUGGGUCUGCUCCUGGUGCCCACCGUUUGUUUACUCAAGGACUUUGUCUGGGCGGCGACAAGUCGCUCAGUGAGGAAGUCGCUGCUGGAGGAGGUGCAGGAGCUGGAAGCGCGCGCCGUGGACCCUGGCGCAGCGGUUCUGAGGGACGCCAGCGGACGCAGUCUAAACGAACGUGCCCAUCUGCUGACAAGAGUCUUUAGGAAGACGCCCUCCAGCAUCGGACGCUCCAACUCGCUGCAACAGCCCGUCACGCACGGCUACGCCUUCUCCCAGGAGGAGCACGGCGCGGUGUCCCAAUCGCAGGUGGUGCGCUCUUACGACACCACCCGCCAGCGGCCCAGCAUCUAACUCCUGAACUCGAAGCCCCCGCCCCCACACAAACACACACACGAGAUGCCGCCACGGCAACAGGACUCAGCGCGUACGGAUUCUUCCGGACUGCGCUUUCAAAACAUAACGAUUUUACACAAGCGCCGCAAAUCAGAGACUACUCGGGAAGCCUGAUUGGUGCGUUCCACUGUACCCGCCUGUGCAUGUGUGUGUCAAACAGUCCCCCCCUCAUACCCCCCCCCCCUUUCGAUUCAGUCAUCACAUGCCGACAUCAGAAGGGAACGGUGAGGGUGGGGGGUACACGUCCAAAUAAACACGCACGGAUGAAUUCCAUUCCGAGCGCUGCCAAACACCACAGGGGAUGCGAGUGAGGCGCAACGCUUGGGCCCCCGCCCACCUCCAGCAUCCCCCCCUGCCCCCUACCUCCACUCCAACCGACUACUGAAGCAUCCAUCUUAUCGCCGCACUUCCUAUCUUUGCCCAUCUCCACUACUUGACUUUUUUUUUUUUUUGUAUGCCGUUUCUUUUGCUUUGUCUGUUUUUUGUUCUCAAACGUGUGAGAGCAGGAACGUUCUACCUAAAUCUAGUACAGCAAGCCGUUGGAGAAUUAUUUGAUGUCCUACUAGUGCGCCAAAUUGUCCCUUCAGAAGUACACCGUUUGUCCUCAUCGGUAAGACAAGUCAGCACACAGUAAAGCAACUAGAGUGCACUUGUAGAAUGACUGCCUUACAGGUUUGUGCAUUAGUAGACCCCAUAGGAGACACUCGUGGAACAACUGUGCUACUAUUUUUUUUUCCCACUAUCGACUGACAUUUUUGCACAGCAUUUUUUACCUCGGAGAAUAACGAAAGGCGCAUGAGUCCUGACUGAGGCGCACUGGCCGCCGAACUAUUAAAGGGGCACGAGUAGCAUCGCGAAGGUGGACUCGUAGAAUUAGUAGACUAAGAAGCACUAGUAGACAAACUAAGUUGCACUAGUAAAACUAUUAACCCUUUCGGGGACAGCGGUUACUCCAGCGGACAGCUUACCAUGUUAUCAGGUUACAGGAAAAGGGUUCAAGUACACUAGUAGAACGAUGAAAUAUGUACGAGUAGAAUGACUAAGGCGCACUUGUGGAAUGACUCGGGUGUAAUAGUAGAAUACUUAAAAAUAUUAAUAUAAUAGUACAACAACCGGCGGCCCGGUAGUCCAGUAGUUAGCACGUCGGCUUCACAGUGCAGAGGUACCGGGUUCGAUUCCAGCUCCGGCCUCCCUGUGUGGAGUUUGCAUGUUCUCCCCGGGCCUGCGUGGGUUUUCUCCGGGUGCUCCGGUUUCCUCCCACAUUCCAAAAAUAUGCAUGGCAGGCUGAUUGAACACUCUGAAUUGUCCCUAGGUGUGAGUGUGAGCGUGGAUGGUUGUUCGUCUCUGUGUGCCCUGCGAUUGGUUGGGUGUCCCCCGCCUACUGCCCGGAGACAGCUGGGAUAGGCUCCAGCACCCCCCGCGACCCUAGUGAGGAUCAAGCGGCUCGGAAGAUGAAUGAAUGAAUGAAUGAAUGAGUACAACAACCAGAGCCUGCUAGUAGAGCAACUAGAGCAGCCUUAGUUGUGAUGCUCCCCCUCCCCCACUACCAACAACUCGUAGAACAGUCACAUGUUGAUAGUGAGGCAAAACUACACUAGUAGAAAACUCUGUGCUACCAGGACGUCGAGCGGCAUCCACUAGCUAACAUCGAGCGCUUCACCGGGAGCACACAGACUGUCAACUAGUGUACAGCUGUGCCUCACAAGUUACAUGUAGUUGUUCGACUAGUGCGGCAAAUUGUCGAGUAUGACCAAUUGUCUUACGAGAGCGGACAGAGAGGGUGGUGGUACCCAGACAAAUCGGCACACUAGAAGGCUAUUGACUAAAUGCUGAAACGACUUUCCACGGCACGCUAGUAUGCAUCCAAAACGACAAGAAGGGAUUUUAUUUAAUUUUUUAUUUUUGGGGUCUCGUCGUGGAUUUUGUUUUGUCUUUUUGUGUUUGUGAAUGUGGCGUCUUGUCGCGCUUCAGGAAUGUGACAAUGACGGCUUGUCGAGAGGGAGGACGGGGGUUGGCCCGGCCGUCCACCCGAGUCCUAAUCAUUAAAUCGAAUCAAUCCCAAAA